AUGAGCCCAGGCCCAGGCUCAGGCUCAGGUUGUCGCCUGGGUCCUGGUCAUCCAAAGACAGAUGACGAGGAAGACGGCGACGACGUUGACGAGAACAGAGUGGACAGCCGCUCCGUCGCCGUCGGUCUCUACCCCGCCGCCCUCACAACGACGUGGUCGGGUCCAGUACCUCCUUAUACAACCCGUGCCGUGCUCCCACGUUCUGGGAGCUUUUACUCUCAGCAGCCGCCGCCGCCGCUGCCGCCACAGCUGCACCUCGAACAUCAGCAGCAGCAGCAGCAGCAGCAGCAGCUUGGUGGUGCGGAUUCAGGAGAUGACCGACGCCAGAGGGGCCACGCGGGGGCCCACACUCACGGCCAUUAUGGGGAUCUAGGCCUCGAGCUAGAGCCCCAGCAGGCCCAGGCCCUACAGGCCCCAGCCUCAUCAGGCCAGGAGUUGUCAGCAGCCGUCGCACCGCAAAGACCUCGGCAGCGGCAGUUGAGCCGACAGCACCAGCGACAGCAGCUACAGCACCAGCGCCUGAUCCAGCAGCAGCAGCACCAGCACCAGGAGCACCACCAGCACCACCAGCAACAGCACCUUCAGCCCGCUGGGUCGCUAGCGUCGCCGGCGCUGGACCCAAAAGGCCAGGAACGACUCGAAGACCCGCAAGGGCCCCAACAACCCCAACAAUUGCGCUCACAUGAUUCGCAUCGUCUUCUCGAGUACGAGCAACAACAGCAAUCCGACCAGCACCAGCACCAGCACGAGCACCAGCACGGCCGCCGCCAUCUCGAGGCCCACGCCCAAACGCUCACCCCCGAGGCCUUUCUCCCUGAGUACCAUCAGUCAAUCGGGCCACCUCCGCCGCAGCACCACCACGCCCACCACCCUCAUCACCAUCACCCUCACCACCAGCCGCCUCUUCCGCAGCCGCCCCUGCAUCACAGCCAGCAGCCUGGUCCGCACCCUCAGCAGCCCGUCUACUUUGUCGCUCACCCGCCUCUCGUCGACUCCACCGCUGCCGCUGCCGUUGCCGCCGCCGCCGCUCCUGGUCUUGUCUCGUCGCCGCCCUCCUCGUCUGGCUCGACCCUCUGCCACCCUCAUGAUCCGCGACUGCUUCACGCCUCCGAACUGCAGACCACCAUCGCCUGGUUCCCGACGAGCGACGAGCCCAGCGCUGUGCCGCAGCUUCCGAAUUACACAGCGCCGUCCGACUUUUACGAUCCCAACCACGAUCCACACACCACCGACGACCCGACCUUCUAUCACCACCGCCCGUAUCACCACCCGCACCAACAGCAGCGCCCGCUGAAUUGGCCCUUCAUCCAAUUGCCCGACGGGCAGACGGUGCUUUCCAUGCAUCCCGAGCUCUCCAUAUUGAAUGCCGAGUCGUAUCAUGACGGCAGUGCAUCCUCCUUCCGAGCCCCUCGCAGCCUGCCCCCUCGACCGACACCAACGCCUUCCACACCCGGCGCCGACGAAGGCCGCACGCGAUCUCAUCGUGCGUCGCGCCACGGCACCAAGAGGUCCAUGACGCAAGCGGUUGAUGCUCUCGACGACGGCGAUAUGCCGGACAAGAAGAAGAGAGGCAGACCCAAGCUCGACACGGAUGACCAGACCGCCCAAGAUCGCCGCCGCACCCAGAUUCGACUCGCCCAGAGGGCCUAUCGAAACCGAAAAGAGACGGCUAUUCAGACGCUCGAGAAACAGGUCGAGGAACUGAAACAGAACAACGAGCAGAUGAGCAAUGCAUUCAUGCGUCUCUACGACUACGCCGUGGCAGACGGGCUCCUCGAGUCCCUGCCCGAAUUCGGGCGCCAGCUGCAGGCCACGACGGAAACCUUUCUUGCCAUCGCGCGCAGCUCGAGCGAGGACAAGCAGCCGCCGGCGGGGCCUGGUCACGAUUCUGAGGAGGGAAACACGGGCAGCCCCGGCAGCGGUUCCGAGAAGCGACGGAACGUCUCCGGCUCGCCCGACGUGUCCGCCGCCCAUGAGCACACAAACGCUGGCCAGCCCAUCCUCAUGGCCGGCCUCAUUGUGCAUCACGAGCCAGAGGCGUCAUUCGACGAGCCGGCGGAAUCGGACGUGUCCGUCUGGAGGCACAACACCCUCAAGGCAGCAUCAUCAUCAUCGGCGCCCGCAUACGAAAUCGUCACACAACCUACCGUGCAUAAUGCAAGCUUCCCUUUCGGUACGUCUUCCUCGCCGCCGGCCGAGACCCUCGCCGCCUCCACCACCCUUCUCUUCCCAACGCCAAAUCCGGGCUUAUCCGGCCAUCUGACGCUGGCCCCCGGCGGCGUGCCCGCGCUGUCGUCGCCGCCGUCGCUCUCCUAUCAAGAACGCACCUUUGGUCGGCGGCUGCAGCGCAGGGCGGUAGAGCAGGCGGUGCGCCUGUUUUCCAUGCCCAACCCGCCGCCGGAGGCAGUCGCCGGCGUCUUCGGCUUCUGCCUGCUCUUCGAGAGCCGGGAACGCAUCAUUGAGCGCCUUGCUAACUGCCUCAGUGUGAACCAACGCGAAACCCUCAGCAAUUGGCGUCAUCCCUUUCUACAUCUCGGCGGCGCGGGCACCUUUUUCCAAGAUCUGAACGAAUUGGACAGUGUUUCGCUCGAGACAGACAUGAAAGAAAAGGGUGCAGGCCUGGAACACGGCAGGCCGGGCCCGACACGGCCGCGACCCCUGGUGGGAAACGAGGGAACUGAGGAACCGAAUCGCAGUAAAAUCGCGAGGGACUCGAACUUCGGCCCCGGACCGUGGAGCCCGGCCGUCGAAGAGACGAGAGACCUGCGUGUUGACCACCGACUUCGCAUCUCGUCGCCCGGCUUCGAGGGCGACUUUUUCGACUGCGACGAAGUCGAGUGGUACCUGCAACAACGAGGCAUCGUCAUUCCCCCAGCUGCCGACUUUGUGUCGGCUGACAUUGAUGAUUCGACGCUCGGCGCCCCGACUCAGGCCCCUCCGGACUCGACUGCUGUCGACAAGUCGACGGUCUGGCUCUCUGGCGACGCUGGUACUGUUGGGUCGAGCCUGGCCCCUACACCGGCCACCAGCUCGGAUACCUGGUCAGGCCCUACCGUCACGGGGGAAGAGGAAAUCGCAGCCCUGCUCGCGGCGCCGUUGCCGACGCACCACCUCAUGGAUGGGACGGUACCCGUGGAUCCAAUGCUGUAUGAUCUGUCGCAGCGGGUUUCGACCAAGACGGCAACGCCGCGCAAGAGACGAGUCAGCAUAAACGUUGAAAUACUGGUGGAACAACUCGUGCAACGAUCUGUGUGUCUCGGGCGAGCACCGGGCAUCAGGCCCAAGGAUGUGAAUGUGGCUUUCUGGCAGUCUAUUGUCUAA